AUGUCCGACGCGGAGCAAUUUGAGCCGCCUGCCAAGAAAUCACGAGUGGAUGCAGCAGAGGAAGCGUUUAGAAAGGCGGAACAAGAUCUCGUCCGCAGCGCGAGCGAGAACCCCAACUCCAAUUUGGUGCCUGUCUCGCAACAGGUUGUAGACAGAGCAUGGGAGACCCUGCAAUAUGAGCGAGAACAGGCAAAGCAGUCCGAGGUUCUCACAGCAGGCAAGGCAUGUCAACAGAUUGAGCAAGGCAUCGCAGAGGGCAAGAUUGCUUCGCCAAAGCCAUCAGAUACCCCAAAGAUUGUCGAAGACUCCCGCACGAAUGCAAUCGAAAUCAUGCAGAACUACAUCCGCGAUUCCACCAAGGGUGAGAACAGAAACACCGCCGAUAACAAGUUUCCGAUCCUCGGCACGUCGGGCAUGAAGGGCAUCGGCAAAACGACGAUGCUCAAAUACGGACUCGCCAAGGUGUUGCCAGACCUGAAGAUGCCGGCGAAGGGCGCAUACCUCACCUUCAACGGUGGGAGUGCGGAAAGUGCAAACGUGUUUUGGAAAUCGCAGACACUGCAAAACACUGCUCUUGAUAGCGUUGGGCACGUUCUCAUGGCAAACCUGAAGGUGGAAGCCCAUCAGUAUUCCCUUCUGGACUUUGAGCAAUGCCUGAACCUCUUUCGCAAGGCGCUCGACGUGGCUGAGGGGGAGUCGUUGGUGCUCUUCAUCGACGAGAUCGGCGAGUUGAAGAAGCAGGCUGACGAUGUUUUGAAAGCCUUGAUGUCUGCAGCAGAUGCUCGUGGAGGCAAGUUGGUUUUCGUCUUUGCCCACAUCAGUCAGCAGUUUUUGAACGACGCGGCAACUGGAAGCGGUCGGAAAGUCAUUUCAUUGCCGCUCGAGGCUUUGCCCAUCGACACUUGGAAGCAGAAGGAGGACUGGAAGAAGGCGGCUCAAAAGCAUGCAGGCAUUCACCAACUCCUUCUUCAAUGUUGUGGUCAUCCAAGGUCAUUGUAUGACGGUCUCGAGGAAGCGAAGAAGCAGAACCACACCUUGCUCUUAUCUCCGACAGAAGAAGCACUGAUUGAC